AUGGCCCUGGGGUAUAAAGAAGGGAUGGUCGGCUUCGAGGUGUGGGAUCCAGAGUCUAGUUACGCCGACGAAGCUCGAAAGGCCGCGGGCGCUUUCCAGCAGACCAUGAGCGAAUUGGGAACGAAGCUCAACGAGCGCAAAGAUGCUGACGUGGCCAGCAAGCUGUACAGGAAAAGUCUCGAGGAGCUCAAUGACUUCUUUCGCAUUGCAAACGAAGCUGGUGGAGUGAACCCGCAGGAUGUGGAGUAUUUGCCUCCGCUGCCUUUGACUAAGAAGGAGUUGGACACUUCUGAGUACUGGAAAGCUGAGCGGGUGGCCUUCGAUGAAGCCAAUGACCCUGUUCGCAUCUUUCAAGAGCGGAACGCGUUUGGUUCCAGAGAGCUGCGACAAAGCCUGAAGCGCUUCCCGGGCGCAACGCUUUUGCUCAGAUGA